AAAUCGGCAAAAAAAAAAAAAAGGACGUGACACGAACAGGUGAAGAAGAACAAAAGGUGAACUUUUUGAGCCCCCUGAAAAAUGACAACUCGGGAAAUAACAAACUACCCCCUACCGAGGGGAACAACCAGCUCGACGAGACACACAAGCGAAGCAGGGAACGAAAAAAUCACCAACUGAAGAAGAAACUGGUUUCCAAAAAUUCGAGUCUAUAUAGCAAGGCAACGACGUCCCUCUUGGACUACAUCAAAUUUCUGAGAAGUCGGACCAAGGAAAGGGGAAAAGACAGGAGAGGCAGAAUUUCUCUCCGCAAGGGGAGGGCAAAAGUGGAGGAGGAAAAGAACAAUACAACCGCCGAUAUGAAGAAGAGAACGAGGAUCUCCACUCGCAUUGCGACCCGGAUCGCUUCUAAAGCGGUUACUCAAAAGGAUUCCCAAAAGGCUUCCCAAACGGCUCCCCAAACGGCUCCCCAAACGGCUGUCCAAAGGGUUUCCCAAAUGGCCGCCGCGACAGCACGGAAGUCAUACGAUCUGCAUCUCGUGCUUUCCUUUUCCAACCAACCGAACGAAGAAGAAAUCUUCACACGGUUGCUACAUAACGAGCUCAAAUUUACCGAUGUGCUAUACCUACGGAACAUGUUCAAGCAAAAUGAGAAUGGAGAAAAAACCAUAGCAUCGUGCAACUGUGUAAUCGUGUCGCAAAAAAAAUUACUCCUUUUACAUGAGCAGAAUAAGAUGAUACCAAAUUAUGCAUACAGAAAUUUAAAGCUACACGAACUGUUGCCUCAAAAUAAGGAUCACAUAAAACUGGUUGACCAUCUCUCGUUAGCUAAUUGCUUGCCAGAUAUUUCAUUUUGCUUUUACAUGUCCCACGAGCUCAUGCAUACGUACCUAUGGGUCUCACACUUUGACACAUCUGUGCAUUUUGAGAAAAUACAAAAGAUUGUAAAGGUGCUGCAUUCGAGAUCUUUUCAUGUAGGGAGUAAGAACAACCGUGGCGAUAAGUUCCACAAAAGUUUAGCUUAUUAUUUGUCUCCCGAGUUGGAGGAAGCCCUGUGCGUGUUCGCGUCCGUUCAGUUUAUGCAUCAUUUGAGGGAGAUUAACGCAGGAGGGUGCGAAAGUGGGCAUUCUUAUAAUCUCGAAGGUGAAGGUAUCCAUGAGUGCGAACGAGAAUUGAUAAACUACUACAUCAGGACAUGCGAGCGAGGGGUAUCCCCCAUGUAUGGCAAAAACUACCGAGAGCUAAAAAGAAUUAUGAAGAAUUAUACGCUGGGGGAUAUUCUGCACAUCAUUGGCGAUAUAAAGCGCGCACGCUUUUACCCGGUGGUAACUCUGCGAUUACUGCGUGCUGUGAUUUCCUCUAUCCGUGUUGUAAGUUAA